AUGGCGACAACGACCGCCGAGGCGUCGGUCGACGCCGCCUGGAAGUCAGCGCACAGGCUACGAGGCACGAUUAACAAGGAGCUUGACCAGCUCCUGAAGAAUGGGCCGGGAGCAAACGAGACUCUUCGUUUCGACAAGGUCGAGAAGUUGAUGCAAAACUUCCGCCUCGCCUGCAUCAAAACCAUUUGGCUUGAUAUCCGCGCUGCGGACGAGAAGGGCGUCGAAUCCAAUCUCUGGGCGACUCACAACCAGGUGACCAAAGCGUACAGAAAGGUGCUUGGCAGGCUGCAUGGAACAGAACAGGUCGUCCUCAGGCGCAAAAUCGAGAAGCUCUACCUCACCUUCAUCAAGACGGCCCAAUACUUCUACAAGGGCUUCCUGCAGCGGGCGUGUGCCCGGUGCGACAUCAAGGACCUCAAGCGGAUCGCCCAUAGCGCCGGGCUCGAGGACAUGCCCGUGCCCGACGAGGACAAACUAAAUGCUGCCGACGCCAAGCUUGUUACCGCGUCGUGCCAUAAGACGCUCGUUCAUCUCGGAGACCUGUCGAGAUAUCGCACUCUCAUGCGCUCAAAGGAGCGCCGCUGGGACAUUGCUCUAGCGUACUACGCCCUGGCCAACGAGCUGAUCCCGGAGUCGGGAUUGGCUCAUCACCAGUGUGGAGUUAUCUACGACGAGACCAAGAAUCACCUUGAGCUUGUCUACCAUUUGUACCGUGCCAUGGCGUGUGCAGAGCCGCACCCGAAUGCUCCGGCAAAUCUCGAGCGCGAGUUUCGCGAUCUUCGAGAGCAGAAGGCCGGCAGCGCCAAGGGCACCACCGACGCGCUGGUGUCGUGGUUCGUUAAGCUCCAUGCCUUCUACUUCAAGGGAGAGGAAUUCCUUGGGCGCAAAGAGCUUGAGAGCGAAGUGGACCACCGCCUGGCUAUGGCCAUGAAAUCAACUGCCCAAUCUGAGGCUACACUGUCUGGUACGGACAUGGGGCUCCUCAAGAUGGUUUUGAUCAACAUCAACGCCUACGUGAUUGGUUUCCAAAAAACAACGGUGGAAUGGACGGACGCCAAGUCUCGCUCCUGCCAGUUCAUCCUCCUCAUGAAUAUACGAACCAUCCACACACUCUCUCGCCUCCUCCGAGAAGAACUGGUGGAUCUUGCCCAGCGCAGAGAUGCAGAAACUAUAACCAACGAGGCUGGCCCUUCGGACCAGCGGAAUGCUCCGGCCAAGUUUUCGCUCCCCGCUCAACGAAUUCUCCCCCUAUUGCGCGUCUACAUCGCUUGGUUGUUGUUUUACGGCCGUGAUCUUGUAGCAUACCAGGAACACCUCGAGCCGCACUUUGGAACAAUGUGCAGAACACUGGGUCAGACUCUGAGCCACCUGGUUGAGUUGCUGGGUGGCGAAUUAGAUGCCGGAAACCGCACACCGUGGCGUUUUGAGGAAGACAAGGAGACUCUCGGCAUGGACUGCUUGAACGGUCCGAAUCUCCCUAGCGGCUGUCCGCUUUAUUACGACCCUUCAAAGCGCAUACCUAAACCGCGAGCCGAUGAGAUUCCUGGUCAAAACCCCAAUGCCGAUGAUCUGGCUUUGGCGCGUGGCUUGGACAUUGUAUCCCGUGCCUUGGACUUGGCGGAUGAAAAGUCUCGGUUUCCUUUGGAUGUCUGCAAGACAAGGAAAGGCUCGCACGAGCUCACAACGUUUGAGUAUUUGGAAGGAGGAAAGCCGCAACCUGCUCCUCAGGCCCCAACAGUUGAGGUUGAGCGAACCGCUUCCCUUGAUCGAGGUGCUCCGGCUACGCUACCACCUGCCCCAUCUCCUAAGCUCGACAACCCCCCUCAAAGGGUAGCAUUGGCAUCGACUCUCAGCGACUCAGAAGGGUUCUCGGACGAUGAGGAUUUCUAUGUGUCCCGUCAAGGCAAUACAGGCGCCAGUGCUUCUACUCAGCCUCCUCGAGGGGAGCCUCUGGCAUCACAAGCUGCUUCUACCUCGGAAUUUUCCUUGGACAGCCAGCUCUACAAGUUCCUGAAUGAUCUUGUAACCCAAACUGAGACAAAUUCGGGUGCUAAGCCGACCAAACCCAUGAAGUCCACUAAACCCCCGACUCGCCUUGCCGGGCUUGACGAAAGCUCUUACGGCAUGGGCUCUACGGCAGCCAGCGAAGUUUACGGAGGUGCGGCGUCAGCAAGCCCAGCUCCAGGGUCUGCAACGGCGAAGGCAAUUCCGAACUUGCCUUGGGAAUACUUCUACCCUCCCGAGUCUAACCUGAGAGCCUCGGCUACUGGAAGUGCCACUGGCGUGUGGGGUGCGGAUGGCCUAGCGUCUUCACGCCCAGUCAGCUCUGGCAGUGCCAUUCAGCCGCAAGGCGGAAUCGAGCACAUAGGCGACCGGUCUGCCUUCCGAAACGCAGCACCCGUGCGAAGCCAGUAUAACAAUGGUUCAGUGUCGCCCUUGCUGAUAGAGCUUCAGCAAGCCUUACAACCACCCGCUGCGGACCACCAUGACCGUUUUAAUCAAUCUUUGCAUGGUAACGGCAUUCGAGGGAUGUGGCCCGAAGCUGGAGACGGCGGAGACGGCUCGAGGUUGCAGGCAAGCAAUCCGGCCAACGGCCAGCCCCCGCCAUCUUGGACUCCUACGGGACCACUAUGGCAGCAAGGCCUAUAUGGGACCCCUGGUGGCCGCCCCUCGACAAAAUCACCCUUCUCGCUAUCCAUGGCAUUGUCACCUGGCAGCUCGGGUCUGCCCCAAGUGAACAGUCCUUGGGGUUUAGCUCAAAAGGCCCAAGGUCACACUCUCCAAGGGGCCGCUCUCAAUCUUUCAGCACCUAUACAAUCAUCCCAUUCCCCCGGAAACUCCUGGUCUGGUCAGUAUAGCGGGUACUCUACCGGCGGCGAUCUUGUCAACUCAAACAGCCUCGCAUAUGGUAGGGUCACCGAAAGGACGUCGGCCUCAGCAAUGCUGGAUCCCUAUUCGCUCGGUAGUAGUACUACUAACCAGUUUGCCACUGACACGUUUGCCACUGCGCAGGCUGACGAGUUCGACCGACAGGCGCGAAUGAGCGUCUGGACCAACGACUACAGACCCAAGACUGCCUUGUCCGCUACGCUUGGGGCUCAACAAAUUCAAAAUGUGACGAACCAGUAUCGUUCUUUUGCAAUCUCAGACAAUGCUGCUGGCAAUGGCAAGGGAAUGGUCAAGCCCAUCCAGAAACCCGCCACGGGCUCGGAGUCGGAUGGGAGGCUGAAGCCUGAGACCAUGGCCAAACGCUGA